UUUUGUAAUUAACCCUUUAAUAACUACAAUUUUGAAGGAUCAUUCUUUCUCGCCUCGUUUCGACGAGUGAAGCUAUGGCGAGGGAGACUGGGCGAUCCUUUGGUAACUGCAUCAGUCCAGAGGCCGCGAGCUCUUCCAGUUCGUUAAAGAACGUUUUAGGAUAUCUUCAAGAUUACAUACCACAGAGUUAUGCAUCAACCGCCCCCACGUCAGGCAGUAACCUACACAGAGAGAUUGUGCAUUGGGCUCGGUUUGAGACUGAAGAACACGUUAAUGGGUUUAUGAGUGAAGAAUUGGCUCAAUCCUCACAGCCGCUGGUUUUAUUGACUGGUCUUUCCUCUGGGAUUGUGUUAUGGAUGAUAACACCUAAUGGAGAUGCUAAAGAAGUUUAUUCAACACUUCAAGAUGGAGAGGGACCAGCUAAACUGGCUACCCUCCUCAAGUCUCCUCCUCCUGGUGAAGAUGAGUUCAGUUCAAGUCGGCCAUUACUAGCUGUAGUUAGGAAGGGAAGUGGUAUGCAGAAGCACCUCCAUUCUACAGCUGUUGUGAUCUCUCUGAGAGGAGGAGGGAGGGAAGUAAAGAAAUUUGAAUUUGAGAAGAAUUCAAUACUAGACAUUAGUUCAAACAAACGUGUGGUAGUCAUUGUCCUUCAGAAGAGAUUGGUCCUUCUUGAUGCAGGAACUUUUGAAAAGAAAUGGAUUAUAAAAACUGGCUACCGUGGCUCUGAACUAUGGACUAAUCCUAUAGCACUGGGAGAGAGAUGGUUAGCCUUCUCUGAUUUGAAGGUUCAUCCCCACCUGCUCUCAGUUGGGGGCGUGUCAGAUAGACUCACUCCUCCUGUGGCCUCUACUGUAGUGAACACGGUAAAGAAAGGAUUCAAUGCUCUCUCUGAUACACUCAGUGGACUCACUGGCAGGAACUCAUCACAGUCAACAAGGACCACACCCUCUUCUGGUGAAAAUUCUCCUCCUGUUGUUACUAUACUGGACAUUGAGUAUUCUCGUUCCGGAGAAGUGCAAGUUAGUGAAUUGAGGAAGACAGAUGGUGUCUUGGCUCACUUCCUGUGCCAUACUAUCAGUGAUACAUACAUCACUAUGCUCAAGUUUAACAGGAGUGGCAAUAUUUUAUUUUCUGCUGAUUCUGAAGGACAGUAUUUCAAUGUGUUUCAUAUAUCGCCAAAUCUUCUUGGAUCAAGCGACUGCAAAGUUGCCCAUCUUUAUUCUUUGUACAGAGGAACAACCACUGGAAUAGUUCAAGAUGUCAGUUUCUCUAACGACAGUCGCUGGUGUGCUGUAUCCACACGUAAUGGAACAACUCAUCUCUUUCCUAUAUCACCUUAUGGAGGUCCAGUCACAGUUCGUACCCAUAAGGUAUCUCACGUGGUCAACCAGUACAGUCGGUAUCAUACCAGUGCUGGUAUUGAAGAGGCUGGGACUGGAGGAGGAGGAGCCUUUAAUAACGGAGGAACAUCACCACUGAUGAUACCUUCACUCCAGCAGAUAAAACAGCAGUAUCUACCAGGUUCCAAAGGUAAUUCACUGGCCAGUGAUGAUGGUACUGACUACAUUUGUGUGAGGGCUCACUUUGCUCCCAUAACAACGGAUAAUAACAUUAACUCACUUAAACUUAUCGAUUUUACAGAGAACAAGGCGGAGUACUCUAUCUACAUACUGGGUGGAGACGGUUCCUUGACUGAGUACCUACUGGGACCGAUUGAGAACACUAACAAUAAUACUGGGGCCGGAGGGGGCGUGGUCAACGAGAGUGAUGAAGAGACUCAAAUCGGAUUACAGUCGGCACCUAAAAUAACAUGGAAAUUAUUGAGUAAGCCGUUUGAUGCCCCUCCCACUUUAAGUGACGAUAAUCAUCUGAUAUCACUCCACAAACUUCAUCAGGAAAAGAUGCAAUCCCUCGGAGGUGGUUCCAUUUUUUUACCCGAUAAAGAAGGCUGGCUAUCUCAAGUUGAGUUACUCUCAUAUGCUCCGCCCACACGUCGGCUCUGGAUGGGACCUCAGUUCUCAUUUAAACGAGUUUCUCAACCAACCACUGAUGAAGAGGAAGAAGGACUGGCCUCUCCUCUAGCCGUCUUACCCCCGUCCCAAGAUUACCUGGGGAGUAGUGGGGGAGGAUCGCUGGGUAGUUACGUAACGUUUGGCGAGAACGAGAGUCUCCCUGCUAGUUAUAGUGCAGAGUCUUGUAACAGGAGGAGGAGGAGGGGAGGAAGGAAGGAGGACGAGACUAGCGAGUCAAACUGCUCUAGUUUGGAAGACACUGAUGUUGAAGCUUUUGGCUCCUGGAAGGAUGUAGCCCCUAAGUUGAAAGGAGGCGGAGCUGAUCUUGAGCUGCUGAUAGAAGAGGCAAUGAGCGAUCGGCUUAUAAUAACGGAUGAUAAACAAAACAGUAAACACAAACAAGAUUGUUUACUGAUAGCACCGGAAACAGAAACAGCAUUAGGAGGAAAGAAGAAGUCCCAUAAAAAGAUAGUUCAGGAAUUAUAUUAGAAUAAUAAUUAUUAGAUAUAAUUAUAAUAUGAGAGGUAGAAUUGAAAAACUUUAUACAUGCAUGAAGAGACGAAAUAUUUUUAUUUUAAGUAUUAUCUCAUUACAUCAUCACAUCUAUUAUUAGAUUAGUUUUAAUGAAA